CACAAGGAUUCAUUGCCAGUAAGUCCAAACCCACCUCCCCACAGGAAAUUUUUGAAAAUGGGGUAUAAAAAAGACACCUCGAAGACUCUUCUGCACUUCUCCUCCCUUGGGGGUUCAGCUGAAUCUUACAUAAGGGUUAACAGACAGUGAGACUCCAACCUCGAGGAUGCACUUCUUCAAGUUCCUCUUGCCUUCACUUCUGACGGUGCUGCUGGUCGAGGACUCUCAGAGCAGAAGAGUCAACUGCAGAGACAGCUGCUGCACUUUUGUGGAGAGCUUCCCACUCAGACUGAACAGGCUGCGCUCCUCGUACGACAAGAUAAGAGACUACUAUGAGGAGAAAGAUGACAGUGCACUAUUUAACAAAACAGUCCUUCAGAAAUCCUUCAAUAGCCCUUACGGCUGCCAUGCGAUGAACGACGUUUUGCAUUUCUACCUGGACAUCGUGCUGCCCACGGCGAUUACUGAGGACACGAAGAGCUUCAAAACGCCAAUAGACGAAAUUGGAAACAUCUUCCACGAGCUCAAGAGGGACCUGAUCAAAUGCGUAAAGGUUCACGCUUGUUUACUUCACUAA